GAGCGCACAUCCCUCAGCUGACGCCGUCGGUCUGCUGAGAGAUCCCGACUCCUACGAUGAGAACACAUUCAUUGAUUGACUGGAGUCAUGUGGAUUACUUUUAUGCUGCCUAAAUUUGACUUUUGGACUGUCAAAGUGCUGGCACCCGUGUACUUCCAUUAUAAGGACCUGACAGUCAUACACAUCUGGGACGGCAUUAGGGAUGUGAUGUAUCCUAUCUGAGCUGUUGAUUGUGAUAUGGAGUUGAGGUGAGAAUGGCACUUUCUCAGUCAAAAUCAACCAAAAUGGGAAAGUCAAGGCUAUUCCGCAUGUUUAUGAUUGUGAGUGCGGUCUUCAUGAUCCUUCUUAUAAUCAUAUACUGGGAUGAUGUGGGGGGCUCUAAUUUUUACUUGCACACAACCAUAUAUGGGUCUCGUCCAUCCCACCUCCCUUCACAUGGCCGUUCAGACCCUGCAAAGAUUAAGAAAGCAGACGAGAACAAAGAGAGCUCAUUUUUGACAGACAUAGAUGCAUUUGUCAACCAGUUUUUGGAAGGAACUGCAGACCCUACAGAACAGGUGAGAGGAGAACCGCCCCCCGGAGAGUCUCAAAAUCAGUCCUCUGAGAAAUCUGAGGAAAAAUUUGUUCCACGACGAGAGUGGAAAAUCCAUCUCACUCCAAUUGAUCCAGAUAAAAAACAGAGGCAGGAGAGUCGAAAGCAGCUGAUACAAGAUGCAUGCAGCAACAAAAGUCUCUUUGACUUCCCUGGAAAGAACAGGACUUUCGAUGACAUACCCAAUAAGGAACUGGAUCACCUCAUCGUGGAUGACAGGCAUGGGAUUAUUUACUGUUACGUUCCAAAGGUGGCCUGCACAAACUGGAAGCGCAUUAUGAUCGUGCUGAGCGAGAGCAUGUUAUUAGAUGGCGUGCCCUACCAAGACCCUCUAGAUGUUCCUCAGGAGCUCAUCCACAACAGUAACCUGCACUUCACCUUCAACAAGUUCUGGAAGCGCUAUGGAAAGUUCUCACGGCACCUCAUGAAGAUCAAGCUUAAGAAAUACACCAAGUUCUUGUUUGUCCGGGAUCCUUUUGUUAGACUGAUCUCUGCCUAUCGCAACAAGUUUGAACAAGAGAAUGAGGACUUCUACAAGAGUUUUGCAGUAGUCAUGCUAAAAAAAUACAGUAAUUACUACAAUCCACCAGCUUCGGUGGUGGACGCUUUUGCAGCUGGGAUUCGACCAUCUUUCUCAAAUUUCGUUCAGUAUUUAUUGGAUCCCAGCACUGAGAAAGAGAUGCCUUUUAAUGAGCACUGGAGACAAAUAUACCGCCUGUGCCAUCCUUGCCAGAUAAAUUAUGAUUUUGUGGGGAAGCUGGAGACUUUGGAUGAAGAUGCUGAGCAUUUGUUGCGGAUUCUUCGUGUCGACAAUGUCGUUGAGUUUCCGCAAAGUCACCGAAAUCGAACGGUUAGCAGUUGGGAGCAGGACUGGUUUUCCAGCAUACCAUUGGAAUCUAGAAAAGAGCUGUACAGGCUCUAUGAAGCUGACUUUAAACUGUUUGGAUAUUCCAGACCAGACCAGCUGUUACAUGAGUAAUGCAUUUAUGAUGAACUACUUCUUCACUGGGAUGCUGAAAAUCUUUGACAGUACAAGAAGAGGAAAAUAGAAUUUUCUCCUGCCUGGUUCUUAAUGUCUGGAUCUUUCAAAUGAUAAGAGUCUUGUGGGCAUUGAAUGUGGUUUAUACUGUAGCGAACAUACAUCCCUUGUAUACAGCUAAUUUACCCAGUCCAUUUACCAGUAUUUCCCUAAAUGUUACUAUUAUUUAUAACGGCAUUUUGAUGAUCAAUGCACACUUUGACUUAAGAUACUGAACAUAAAAAAAAAAAAAACAUAACUCAAUAUUUGAAUUAUGAGAGGAUGUAUGUGAAGUUUAGUCUUUUUUUUUUUUUUU